AUGGAUGGCCAAAGACAAUACAUCCCGGGCCCUCCCCCGCCCCAGCAUCCUAUGAACCUGCCUCCGCCGCCGCCGCGACACCCUCACCAGCAGCUACAGACUGGAGUCCCUCCGCCGCCGCCAGGGCCGCCGCCAGGUCCACCGCUAGCUUCAGGAUACGGAACACCUGGUGGUUGGCAACAAACACAGCAGCAGCAGAAACCACCAAGUUGGGGUAGACCUCCCCUUCCUGGUGGAUUUCCACCACCGCCACCACCACUGCCUCAGAAUCAACAUAUCGCCGCAUACCGCCCAUCCGCGCCCUUGUCUCUUGUCACUUCACACGACAACCAGCCGCUUACAUCGGCGACUUAUAUACCCGGCAACGACACCCUUGGAGUCGGAAUCCCACCUCUUUUUGAGCCCAGUGGGCAAACCUACGACCCCUAUGCGCAACAGCGCCAAACCAGUAGUCAGACAUAUCAUCCGGGACCGGAUGGCCCGUUCAAUCCACAGACGCCGGGUACGCGGCUCACACCCCCCUUUACCUUGCACAACAAUAUCCAUGAGCUGGUCACCAAUGAUAACCCUUCGCAAGGUCCCCAACACGGCGACCUUGCGAAAUCGCCGACUCAUCGGCACCAGACAAGCGGAGCUUCUCUUGGAGGCAUGUCACCAAGUGAAGCUGCAAUCCAGUGGCCACUUGAUCGGGUCCUGCUCUGGCUUGCUCGGAAUGGGUUCUCCAAGGAUUGGCAAGAAACAUUCAAGGCCUUAGAGUUGCAAGGUGCUGACUUCUUGGAGCUUGGUCUUGCAUCCGGAGGGCGUGGAAAUUUGGGGAAAAUGCAUAAAGUCGUCUAUCCUCAACUUGCAAAAGAAUGUGCUCGGAGCGGCACUGGCUGGGAUUCGACACGCGAGCGAGAAGAAGGGUUGCGAAUGCGCAAAUUGAUACGCCAGAUACACGAGAACGAAUCAGAUUCCUCCAUCUCGACUCCGAUGCGAGGUGACCCGCCUGGUUGGGCUACCGCAACAGUUGAAAAUGGAACUGGCUUCUACUCGAGCCCCCGUUGA